CAAUAACUGUGCUGCCAGGCCAACAACCGGUGCCAAACAACGUUGAAUUAAGGACUGUUAACUUGCUUUUUCAUCAUACGGUGGCUUCUGUGAUCCUAUAUAUUACGCAAGCCAGGAAGAGUGAGUUCAGUCUGCAGUUCCUUGUCAGUGAGGACAACAUCAUGAAUACCACAGAGACUUGGCGACCGUUGAUACCACUGUUACUUUUCCUUUUGCUGACAGAUGGUGGCUACUCAGACAGCCGCCAGGACGAGAGCACCGAAGAGGUCGCCGUCCAAGAGCUCCAGCCCUCACACCGACCGGCGCGACGAGCAGCCACUGCUGUCCUGCACUACCUCAACUAUCGUCACGGUUCUCCAAACUUAAUCUUCGGCUUGGGCGCCGUGACAGGUGCCAGGCUUCAGAAAAUUUCAGAGCAUGGAAACAAGUACAGCAUUAACUUUACAGUCAAAGAUGAAGUUACCAGUCAAACUGUGGGAACCUGUAUUGGUGAAGUACUGUUCCAGAAAAUGAAACAAAAUCCCAUCACAAAUGUAAACUGCAAGUUUGAGAGAGACAAAAGGAGUGUUCUAGAUGCUGAUAAGAAGUUUUUUGAGGAAAUGAAGAAAAAGGAAAAGCCUGUGGUUGGACAAGAUAUUCCAGACAGUUUUGGACAUGUUGAACCCUUCAUGGAACCAGUGUGGCAUUUGGCUAAAAUUGGCAGCAGCUAUAUAAUGUGGAAAAAAUCGACAGAAGUCCUACAGUACAACAUGGUUCAAGUGAAGCAUGUCAAACAACGGAAAAGAACAGAUAACUUAAUUGAAUUUGACUUCAAGAUUCUUCUCCACGAACUUCCAACACAGGAAAUUGUUCCAUGUGAUAUGAGUUUGGUCUGGCAUCCUUUACAGCUUCCAAAAGUGAGAUACAGCUGCACGCAUUUGCAGUCAGAUGGCUCGGGACUAGAACAAGUGCAAGAAGGAGCUGUUGGAGGAACAGCCUAGGAUAAAGAGAAGCCUGCAGCAUGCUGAAAUAUUCUUGACAUUAAAAGGCACCCAUCUCUUUUCUUUUGUUAAUGUAAAAUAAAAUAAAAAACCUAUGCAUUAUUUGCUGUUUUGGCUGCAAAAUGUAAGAAUAAAAUAGAGACAGGCAUCUAGGUAGAGUAUAUUAAUGUAUACAGUAUUUUUUAUCAAGAAUAUAACUGGAUAAGCCCUAAUAGUUUAUUAACAAUAAUUUAAAAUAAUACUGCAGCCAUAUCUUCUAACAAGCUGAAUUAUAAAUAUGUGCUUAUAUUGUCUAGUCACUUACAAAUACAUUAGUUUGCACUUGUGUUUCAGAAUUUAGUGGUUAGUUUUUUAAUGUAGUUUUUAUUUAAGUUUAGAAGUAAAAUAAAAUAUAUUACUUAA